GGAUGCUUCACAUUUAUACCUCCAGUGAAAUAUCUGUCAUUGUUCUCUCUGUGGCUGGACUCUCGAAGAGAUCUGUUCCAAGUGUCUUUCAGCUGUUUCAGUUGUAGACUUGAGACUGGAAUUGCCUGCGACAAUGCCAUAAUAGUUAUCUGAACGCUGUGACAAACAACGUAACUAUAGCGUACACAUUGGUUGAAGAAACGUUGAAGAAAGAAUAGCGUCAACAAUGUAUCGGAGUCGUGGCUGAAUGAUGACAUUAUCAACAUACAGCUGGCUGGUUAUAUGCUGUAUCAGCAGGAUAGGACAGCGGUGUCUGGACAGAGCUAGUCCGUCCCCCACCACCCUGCCGGAGUCCCCUGGUCACAACUCUCCUGGUAGCUCCUUACUGCUGGGUCUGAAGAGGGUUUCUGUGCUGCUGGUCGACUGCAGGAAAACACCAGGGCAGAGUGGAACUGUGAGAGAAGGACACGAGGAGGAUGAGAAGGAAGAAGAAGGAGAUUUGAUUUCAUCAAGGGACACCCCUAACCGUCAUUCUCUCAGUGGGAAGGGCUUAUCAUCUGGGGAGCCUCAACAUCAUGUUGCUGACGAGGCAAAAAAAAGUCUCUACAGAUCAGAACAACUCAAGAAACCCCAGCAGAGCGGUUUAGGGAAGAAACCUCACCACUGCUGCUCUGACUGUGGGAAGACUUUCACUAGAAGGAGUGGCUUCAUUAUUCACCAGCGGAUUCACACCGGAGAGAAACCAUACUGCUGCUCUCAGUGUGGGAAGAGUUUCACCUGUCCAGGAGGUCUUAAGUUGCACCAUAGAAUCCAUACAGGAGAGAAUCCGUACAGAUGUUCACAGUGUGGGAAGAGUUUUGCUGCUUCUAACACCUUAAAAUCUCAUCUGAGAAUACAUACAGGGGAGAAGCCUUAUCCCUGCCUUGAUUGUGGGAAAAGCUUUGCUAAUGCAGGAACCCUAACCAUACACAAGCGUGUACACACUGGAGAGAAGCCUUAUAGCUGUGAUCAGUGUGGAAAGUGCUUUUCUCUUUCAGAAAAUCUAACUAUACACCGGCGCAUACACACUGGAGAGAAACCUUAUGUCUGUUAUCAGUGUGGGAAGAGCUUCACUCAGUCAGGAGAUCUGACUACACACCAGCGAACACACACUGGAGAGAAGCCUUAUAAAUGUGAUCAAUGUGGAAAGAGCUUUGCUCUCGCUUCGUCCCUGACUAGACACCAGCGAACACACACUGGAGAGAAGCCUUAUAGCUGUGAUCAGUGUGGGAAGAGCUUUGCUCGAGCUUCCAACCUGUCUACACACCAGCGAACACACACUGGAGAAACACCUCACAGCUGUGAUCAGUGUGGUAAGAGUUUUAGUCAGUCAAGAGAUCUGAUUACACACCAGCGAACACACACUGGAAAGCGGCCUUAUAGUUGUGAUCAGUGUGGGAAGAGUUUUAGUCAGUCAGGGAACCUGAUUAGACACCAGCGAAUACACACUGGACAGAGGCUUUAUAGCUGUGAUCAGUGUGGGAAGAGUUUUAGUCAGUCAGGGAACCUGACUAGACACCAGCGAACACACACUGGAGAGAACCCUUAUAUCUGUGUAUGUGGAAAGAUAUUUGUUCAUUUAGGGCCAAUGAAAAAACACCAGAAAGCACAAACGUGUCUUUCAACGCCCUCCUAUCUGACACCGGUUCCAGAUCCCUAAAUAAUGGAUCAAUAGAAAACCAUCUAGUGAACAGUCAUAUCCAUCUCUCAUUCUUAAACGGUCUGAUCACCAUGGUAACCUGUUUGGAACAUAGAUGCGGUAAAGAA